AUGGCCUCGCUGGACCUGCCAUACCGCUGCCCCCGCUGCGGGGAGCACAAGCGCUUCCGGAGCCUGUCGUCGCUGCGUGCUCACCUGGAGUACAGCCACACGUACGAGACGCUCUACAUCCUCUCCAAGACCAACAGCAUCUGCGACGGCGCCGCGGCCGCCGCCGCCGCCGCGGCCGCCGCCUCGGGCUUCCCGCUGACGCCCGAGCCCGCCGCCCUGCUGGCCGUGCCCGGCGCCCGGCGCGAGGUCUUCGAGAGCACGUCCUUCCAGGGCAAGGAGCAGGCGGCCGGCCCAUCGCCCGCCGCGCCGCACCUGCUGCACCACCAUCACCACCACGCGCCCCUCGCCCACUUCGCCGGCGACCUCGUGCCCGCCAGCCUGCCGUGCGAGGAGCUGGCCGAGCCGGGCCUCGUGCCCGCCGCCGCCGCCGCCGCCGCCGCGCGCUACGCGCUGCGCGAGAUCGAGAUCCCGCUGGGGGAGCUGUUCGCGCGCAAGUCCGUGGCCUCCUCGGCUUGCUCGACGCCGCCGCCCGGGCCGGGCCCCGGGCCCGCCUCCGCCUCGCCCGCGUCCCCCUCGCCCGCCGAUGUGGCUUACGAGGAGGGCCUGGCGCGCCUCAAGAUCCGCGCGCUGGAGAAGCUGGAGGUGGACCGGCGGCUGGAGCGGCUGAGCGAAGAGGUGGAGCAGAAGAUCGCGGGCCAGGUGGGUCGGCUGCAGGCCGAGCUAGAGCGCAAGGCGGCGGAGCUGGAGACAGCGCGGCAGGAGAGCGCACGCCUGGGGCGCGAGAAGGAGGAGCUGGAGGAGCGGGCAUCCGAGCUCUCGCGCCAGGUGGACGUGAGCGUGGAGCUGCUGGCCUCGCUCAAGCAGGACCUGGUGCACAAGGAACAGGAGCUGAGCCGCAAGCAGCAGGAGGUGGUGCAGAUUGACCAGUUCCUGAAGGAGACGGCGGCGCGGGAGGCCAGUGCCAAGCUGCGGCUGCAGCAGUUCAUCGAGGAGCUGCUGGAGCGUGCGGACCGCGCCGAGCGGCAGCUGCAGGUCAUCAGCAGCAGCUGUGGCAGCACCCCGAGCGCCAGCCUGGGCCGCGGAGGGGGAGGAAGUGGCGCUGGGCCUGUUACCCGGGGCCCCGGCAGAAUGCGAGAACACCACGCGGGCCUGGCCAUGCCUAGCACAUACGCCGUGUCGAGGCAUGGCUCCUCUCCCAGCACAGGGGCCUCCAGCCGUGUCCCCGCUGCAUCCCAGAGCUCAGGCUGCUAUGACAGUGACAGUCUGGAGCUACCCCGGCCAGAAGAGGGGGCCCCCGAGGACAGUGGCCCUGGGGGCUUGGGCACACGGGCCCAGGCUGCCAACGGUGGCUCGGAGCGCACCCAGGCCCCUCGCAGCUCAGGCCUGCGGCGCCAGGCCAUCCAGAACUGGCAGCGCAGACCCCGCCGACACAGCACGGAGGGGGAGGAGGGUGAUGUCUCGGACGUGGGCUCCCGAACCACGGAGUCAGAGGCUGAGGGCCCCUCAGAUGCCCCCCGCCCUGGGCCUGCUCUGGCUGGGCCACUGAGCAGCUGCCGGCUCUCAGCCCGCCCUGAGGGAGGCAGUGGGCGGGGUCGGCGAGCGGAGAGGGGCAGCCCCUCCUGCUCCAACGAGGUCAUCAGCCCGGAGAUCCUCAAGAUGCGAGCCGCCCUGUUCUGCAUCUUCACCUACCUGGACACACGCACGCUGCUGCACGCGGCCGAGGUCUGCCGGGACUGGCGCUUCGUGGCUCGCCACCCCGCGGUCUGGACACGGGUGCUGCUCGAGAACGCCCGCGUCUGUUCCAAGUUCCUGGCCAUGCUGGCUCAGUGGUGCACCCAGGCGCACUCGCUGACCCUGCAGAACUUGAAGCCCCGGCAGCGGGGCAAGAAGGAGAGCAAGGAAGAGUACGCGCGGAGCACCCGGGGCUGCCUCGAGGCGGGGCUGGAGUCCCUGUUGAAGGCGGCGGGGGGGAAUCUGCUGAUCCUGCGCAUCUCCCACUGUCCCAACAUUCUCACCGACCGCUCCCUCUGGCUGGCCAGCUGCUACUGCCGCGCCCUGCAGGCGGUCACCUACAGGAGCGCCACAGACCCCGUGGGCCAUGAGGUCAUUUGGGCCCUGGGCGCAGGCUGCAGAGAGAUUGUCUCCCUCCAGGUGGCGCCACUUCACCCUUGCCAGCAGCCCACGCGCUUCAGUAACCGCUGCCUGCAGAUGAUUGGUCGCUGUUGGCCGCACCUUCGGGCCCUGGGGAUUGGGGGUGCUGGCUGUGGGGUGCAGGGCCUGGCGUCACUUGCAAGAAACUGCAUGCGGCUGCAGGUCCUGGAGCUGGACCAUGUGUCGGAGAUCACCCAGGAGGUGGCAGCUGAGGUCUGCCGGGAAGGUCUGAAGGGACUGGAGAUGUUGGUGCUCACGGCCACCCCCGUCACCCCCAAGGCCCUGCUGCAUUUCAACAGCAUUUGCCGGAACCUCAAGUCCAUUGUGGUCCAGAUUGGGAUUGCUGAUUAUUUCAAAGAGCCCAGCAGUCCCGAGGCCCAGAAGCUGUUUGAGGAUAUGGUGACGAAACUCCAGGCCCUACGACGGAGGCCCGGCUUCUCUAAGAUCCUGCACAUCAAGGUGGACGGCGGCUGCUAA